AUGAGCCAUACGGACUUGGAGCAAGAUUUAAUCCAUGAAAUAUAUUUAAGUCUACCAAUGCCAGAAGAAAAUUUAUAUGAAAAAUUUAUCGAAAUUAUUCAAGCAAAUCUAUUUAGCAGAGAAUUAUUAGAUGCGGAUCUUCAGGCACAAAGUGACCUUUGGGAGAAAAUAAUGCUCGCAAAUUAUGAUAAAAUUCAAGAAAGCCAAGAAAGGUUUAUUUCCAGUCGCAUACCUAAGAUAAAAGAAAUAAUAGAUGAUAAAAGAAGCAGCAAUUUAGACAAUGCAUUGCAUCAGAUUGCUGUGAAAAUUUUAGAAAUUGUGGAAUUUUUACAAAAUGAUAUUACUAAUUAUAUUAGGCUUGAUGGAAAUGAUGAAACUCAGGCAAACAUAAUUGCAUGAUCGAAGUCUAUGACUACAACUCUUAAGAGCACGGUAUAUGAAGACUUAAAGGCUUCAAAAAAUAAAAUAAUUUCAAAAUACAUGAAAAACAUAAUUAAGCAGUUUCCAGUUAUUUUGGAAAAUUAUAUAAAUCUUACGAAUAAAAACACAAGAGAGCAUUUAGACUGCUAUCAAGGCUGCCAGGAACUUUUUGAAAAUUAUAUUCAUAUACAAUAUAGCUUUACACCAAAGUUUGUCGAAGAAUUAUUUUCUGAAGACUUAGAGGACUUUUUGGACAAAAUGAUCGAUGGCCUUAUGACGAAAGAAACCGAUCAGUAUUUAAAAGAAUAUAAAGAACAAAUUUCUGAUUGAAAAUACUAUAAAAUUACGAUUAAUUAAAGCGUUUAAGGUGUCUAAGCCACGCUCCCUACUCAAAGGGACUCAACCAAUCUAAUUAUGUUGUGAACAUUUUGUAAUCCCUUGCCAAAUAAACUGUCAGCCAAUCUGACUGGUGCCUCAUACAUCGGCGCAAUGCAUCACCCUUCAUAACUUAGCUCCUGCAUUUGUUUCGCCUCAAGAUAACCUUCCUCAAUGCACUGAGUUUAUAACCCUAAGUCUCUUGAAUGCACUAUGAGCCCAUAUGCAACUAGAAGUUCAGCCGCUGUCGCUGUGCAGAACUUCUCUCGAUAAAAGUCAACUCCAUUAAUAAAAUCAAUGAGGGAGUAAAAAUUAGCAUAACUAAUUUCUCUCAAAUUGAGUGCCAUUUUAUUUAUUGAAAACACUAUACAAACUCUGAAGCACGAGAAAGCAGAAAAGAAGCAAUAAUCGACUUUAAGGUAAGUUUAAACCAAAAAUUUGGAUGGAUCCCAAGUGAAAUUAUGAAAGAGACUGUGUUUAAUUUAAAUAAAAUGAUGUGCAAAGCAUGAAAAACUAACUCAAUUCAACAUAAAAAAUAUGCAAAAGAGAUUGAUACAUUUACAAAUGAAAUUCUGGAGGAUAUGAUUAAUGGCAGCCUAAAGCCAUUUGAUUCAAGCUAUUGCAUAGAUUUUAGCCUCAUUGCUUAUUUCUUAUGCUCAUCAGCCUUGGAAACAGACAACCCUGAAGAUAUUUUAAUAAAAAUUAAUGAAAUUACUCAGCUUUUGAAUAAUCAUUUUGAUUAUAAUGCAAUAGAUGAAUUGCUUAAGCAUCAGUGAAUUGCACACAUAGAUGACCAAAUAGAAGCUCGCAAAACAAUGUCUCAGAUUUGGCUAAAUUCAAGCCUUCAUGAUAAGAAGCAUCGAUAUUUUUUUUUAUUUUGCAUAACUCUGGUGUCAUCAAACCUCCACUAUUUCGUAUGUCCUCAAUUGAAAACAUAUGGAGUUCGUGAAAGUAAUAUAAGGGAUUUCGAUUGGCUAAGAAAUACCCUAAAGCUAGUUUUCCAAACUAAAGAUUUUACUUCUUUCAGUCUCAACAGACAAGAUAAUCCAAUAUUUACAUGCCAAAUGAUGAUGAAAAUCAUUGUAAAAUAUUUAGUUAAGUCUCAUAAACUUCCUAACGAUAGCGCUUAUCAAAUUUUUACCAAUUAUAUAUACCAUUCACCGAUGGAUAUCAUUGUCAAGAAAAAUUCAAUAAAUAAUAUUUAAUUAUAAAUAAAUAAUUUUCCUUGUGAUUUUUUGUCAAUUUAUAGCUUUAUUUUAUAGAUGGUUAUGUGGCAGAAAUCACCAGCAAGCAUAAUUUGAUAGGUCUAUCCAAAACUAUAAAAGAUAAUUUUAUAAGAAUUAAACAAGAAAAUUCUGAAACUGUCACAGUUUGUGUAAGCGGGUUUUUAUCAGAAGACAGUAACAAGGAUACAGAUUGGCUUGAUCUUAUAGAGCUGAAUGAGCAAGGGGAUACUUAUGACUACAAAUGGAUGUCAGGAAGCGUUUUGAAAUUAAUAUUAGAAAUAUGUUGCAAUCUUAUGUCUUGAACAAAAUUCACAGCAAAUAAAGAGCGCAAAAGGCAUCCUCACAUCAGCCAUUGAAAAAGAGUAAAAGAAUAUUUAUCACGAAGAAGUGAAAACGCAUUUUUCAAACUUUCUUCAUACAUAAACCCUAUAAUUGGAUGCCCUUUUAGUAAAAAAAUGACUGAAUCACAAAAAGCUGGGCAAAAACUUGCAGAAAUCAUAAAACAAAAUGCAUUUAAUGGAUCUAUGAUAAACUUGGUAGCAUUUUCAUUAGGCUGCAAUGUGGUUUAUCAUUGCUUGCUGGAAUUGUCAGAGUGUGAUAGAAAAAUCAUAAAUAAUGUUAUUUUAAUGGGCGGAGCAUCAAACAUAAGUGGGGACUGAAAGAGAUGUAGAAAGGCAGUGGGUGGAAGAAUGAUAAAUGCUUAUAGCAGGCACGAUGGGUCUUUGAAGUACCUUUACAGAGCUUCAGAGCUCUCAAAUCCUAUUGGAUUAGCUGCUAUUGAUGUAGAAGGAAUAGAAAAUUGUGAUCUGUCUCAAUUUAUAUUUUAUCAUAUGGAUUAUAGAAAAAUGAUGGAUUUAGUUCUCUAUGAAAUAAAUUAUGAUGGGGAUUAA